CGUGCCCCUUCAUGCAGUUGCGCCGCCGCCGCUUUGCACGCACAAAAGGCACGCACGCACGCAACAGCUCGACGCCUACCUGCCUGGACUGCCAAUUGAUCGCGGCCGCGCGCAUGCCUUGAGGCACCAUCGCCACGGCAUACCUGGGCCGCUUUACUCUGCUUGUCCCUCAUCAGCCCGCCGCCGUCCGUGUCCCACCAACCGCGUUUGCGUGAGACUGAUCUAUACCGCUCGUCCGUUUGCUACUACCGCCUCUUCGUCGUCAUCGACAAUGAGACGGGCCUCCCUGUCGUCCUGACCCCGUCCCGCUACUACCACCGCCACAGUAGAUAGCGCGCCUCUUCUGCGCGCUCCCGCCGCCGAGCUACUACAAACAAGGUUCUCCUUCAUCCGCCGUCCCAUGCCGCCCUUCAAUCCGCCAUGACGGUUCACAGUCCCUACCAGCGGACGGCCCCUUUUCUACAACGCAACUGGGUCAAGGUCCACAAGCCCCUUCACGAAUCUUCCGUCAUGGGCAACAUCAUGGCCUCGCCGACGCACAAGGGGCCUCAACUCUCGGCCACAGAUGGCCGUCGCCCAGCCAAGCGCCCUCGUAUCUCAUCGCCCGACUCAUUCGACGUGGGGAGUCUCAUCGCCGCACCACAUACGACUGAUACCGGCUCGGUCCUGCGCAUCGAGGUGCUCAAGGUCUUGCACAGGGACUCCAAAAAGGUCCGCUCUGCCCAAGGCGCCGUGAUACCUCGCGACGUCCUCACCACCAAGGCGGCUUGCAGGAUCACUAUCCGCGACGUGAGCUCCGCCUUCCCGCGAGUCCUCCACUGUCAAAGCCAGCUUUGCGACUUGACCACGUACAAGAAUCCCGUCGGCCCUCAUCGCGUGGCCCGGGUCGACCUACCCCGUCCGUUCUACGUCCCUCAAGAAAGUAUUCUUGUCACCAGACCAAACGAUGACAGGUACGAUCUUUCCGACAAAUACGAACUCCUAGUCGAACUCGAGUCCGCCAACGACGGCGUCCGCUGGCCUCCUCUUCACCCGCAGACAGACUUCGGCAUCUCCGUCAACGCGUUCGAUUCGAGCCAGUUUAGCAUCCUCUCCAGUCACUUUGAUAGUAUCUUCGGCCGGCAGAGGCAGCCACUGGAAUUCGCUCCUGGCUAUCCAUCCGACCGGUUUGCAGUCCCCACCAACUACAUCAUGGAUAUCGACCUUAAAUGGGGAAGCGGGUUGAAAUCGCUUAAGCACAUCGAUAAGGACUCGAAGCCAUGCAUCACAGCCAUUGACCCUGAUGCGGACCCAUACGGCGAUAUCAACUUUGAGCACCCCGCUGAUGACGUCGCCAAUGGCAUCGAUGGUAUCAAUGGCCUUUCAAACGGAGAUGCAUCCCAUGAUCACGACGACGAUCUUCGUGGCGACCAGACACCGUCACGGUCGUUGAGGACCCGCGAAAAGUCCAAGAAUUAUAACUUGAAAGUUCUGAGCGAUCAAGCCCAGGGAAGAGAACGACGAAGGCGGGCACGGAUUGCCAAUCACACGGUCAAUGAAGGACGAGUUCAGUAUUUGCUGCCAUCAGAUCAGCCUGUCUGCCUCGACUUCUACCGCUGCGUGAACUGUGGCGCCUACCACGAGUCUAUGCCGCAGUUGCAGCUCCACUUGAAGAUGAACCAUCCCGCCUAUGAGUACGUCCUCGAAACGAUGAGCCAGGGGCCGCAGUUUCGUGUGUCUGCCGUGCGGGCGAUGCCAACGACACCAAGCAGAAUAGCUACCCGCCAACCCCAGGUGUUCAACAUCCCAUCCUUCUCCGCGGGCGAUCUGCCGUCGGUGUCGGCGCGCGCCGCUCAAGAUGAAGACUUGCUCAGGUCUCCCUCCAUCAAAGCGCAAGCAAACAGGCCUGCAUCUGGUUCGCCUGCUCCAAAGCUUUCAAAGCUUCCCGGACGCGGGGUCGUCAAGUCAAAAGAAAGGAAAGUUUUGGUUCCUAACAUUUCACAGCCUCUCUUCCACCCCAUUAGCAAGGCAACGCUGCAGCCCGGACAGGAGGUGCCCGAGACAGUGCCUGAUGAUACAUGGCUCAUUCAGAAGCAUCAAGAGAGCAUCGGCGAAUUCACCGAUGUUGAUGCGACGGAGAAGGAGUAUAUCUGGGAGUGGGACGGGUUCAUCUUGCGCAAGAACAUCACUUCUGCCGCGUACCUCCCGCGCGCAUUCCUCGAUUUUGUGGAGGCAAAGGCAGUGUGGCUUGUCGCCGAGAAUCACCGUAUGAUCGAGUUUGGCAAGCAUUGCAGCGUCCUGCUUGCCCGCGACUUGCUGGAUAACGAGACUAUGAAGCGGGCUUUUACGUAUAUCCGCUCUGCCAGGGCGACGAAAACGUCCAGCUCUGAUGGGCAGACGAGUGAAGCAGACAGCUCAUGGGGUGGAGAUGGAGCCCCACGACAGUCUCCACGAUCGACACAAAUUCGCAAAAGUAGCAGCGGCUGCAGCGUCUGCCAACUGCCGGUACUAGGGCCCACGCUCCUACUCUGCUCCAACAAGGUACCAUAAAUUCGUCCCUCUUGUGUGAUUCUCGCUGACCUUGUGUGAAACUUGCUGACUAUGUAACUUGGAGUAGUCCUGCCCGCGGCGUUUAUACCACUCGACCUGUAUCAAGGAGACUGCAAAGACACCCGUUACACAGCGCGACUGGCUAUGUAACUCAUGUUGCGAAACGCAAAUCCCGAGCUAGGAGCCCGAUUUUUUGCGUCCGCACCAGAGGCAGCGAGUGGCAAGACUUGCGUCGAGAAAGCUACGCAGCACACCUCAACGCUCGGCUGCCGUGAAGACGCGGCUAAAGAAAGAAUGAGGCAUGAGACAUGUUCACACUUUUGUAGAAGGGGUUUGGCUUUGCUUUGAUGGUGGGUGGAUUCUUUGAGCAUGGGCGGUGAAUAGCGUCUUGAUGGGUCGAUGGGUCGGGUGAGCAAACGGAGCAACUCCAUAGGGUCCCACGGGGCUUGAAGGUUGGGAAACGGACGCCUCAGACUGGGUGGUCAUACAUUGUCCACGCCCGCUCGUAGCUGGUGACCGAGGCUGCCCGCUCGACACAGUCGCGUGUACUUGAUAGGGGUGGGGGUGGCAUGGCGCAAAUCAAAGGGGGCAUGUUUCCUCGUCCAAGGCCCAGGCUAGGCCGUUGCUCAUUAC